UAUCAAACCGCCUUCAAUACAUUGCCGGCCGUCUCAGCGACCGCACAUAAAAAAUAUCGAACCAGAAACACGGAUUUAUUUGUUUUUUUAAACCUCAGUGUCAGUGGUUGCUUGUCUUAAAAUUUUUGAAGGACCAAUUUUAGAAUGAAGGUCUUACUAUUAUGUAUGGCCUUUGCGGCCGUAGCUCUGGCCAUGCCCGUGGCCGAGGAGAAGCCCGCAGUACCUGCUGUUCCCGAAAUAAAGUCUGAACAAGUUGACCCUAAACCUGAAGAUAAACCUGCCGAAGUAAAGAAGCCUGAAGAGUCCCCAGAAUCUAAGAAAUUAGAAGAACCUAAAAAGGAGGAAGCACCUAAAAAAGAAGGUGCGACCGAGCCCAAGAAAGAGGAGGCAGUAGAGCCUAAAAAAGAAGAAGCUCCUGAAGUCAAAAAAGAAGAGUCAUCUCCUGAAGCCAAGAGUGCGCCAGUAGAAGAGAAGGCCAAGGAAGAACCGAAACCGGAAGCUCAGCCCGAAGAAAAGAAAGAAGCUGCUCCUGAAGUCAAGUCCGCUCCUGCUGAGCCACAGCCUGAGGAAAAGAAGGAAGAGAAGCCUGAAGAAUCUAAACCAGAAGAGAAACGCGAGGAGCCUGUAGCUAAACCCGAAGCUAAAUCCGUUGAAUCUCAGGCUACUGUUAAAGAGGUUGCCAAUGAAGAACCUGCCCCUAAGCCAUCUGUACCGCAAGAAGUUAUCGACGUAGUAAGUGCUGUCAGAAGCCCGGCGGCUAUCGCUGACGAUGAGGCAGAUCCCGCCGCUAUCAUCCCCACGCCAGUGAAGAAAAUUGACUUACCGGUCGAAACCAAAAACGCACAGCCUGAGGCGCCAGUAAAGGCCGAAGAACCUAAAGCUCCGAAAGCCGAAGAAAAGGCAAGCGAACCUGCCAAAAAACCCGCUGAGAACGCUGCUCCUUCAACUGAAGUCAAAGAGGCACCUGCUGUGCCCAGCGAAGAUAGCCUACGUGUAGUUCGCGAUACCAUCGAUGACAAAGUCAAGGCUGCUGCUGUUGAGCAGCAUAAAGCCGCGGUACCUAAACCCGAGGAGCCUAAGGUAGAGGAAAAGUCCGCCGAGCCUGCCAAAGUAGAAGCCCCUAAAGUAGAAUCUCCGAAAGAAGAGGUCAAGGAAGUUAAAUCUGCUAAGGCCGAUGAGCCCGCUAAAGCCGAAGAGCCUAAAAAGGACGAGAAGCCUGAGGAACCUAAGAAAGCUGAACCAGAAGCAGAGAAACCUAGCGAGCCUGAGGUCAAGGCAGCCAAAGAAGAGAAGAAGCCUGAGGAAAAGAAAGAAGUAAAAGCUGAGAAACCUGAAGUAAAAGCCGAGAAACCCCUAGGAGAUGCCCCAGUAGACAGCUCUAACGAGAGCGGGGAGAGCAGCGAAAAUGAAAACAGCAAAGAGACAAACUCUUCAGAGGAGAGCAAGGAACAGUCUUAGAUUAGUGAAGUAUUAACCCCAGCAUUGACAUUGAGCCCUUACGCCGGUUCUGGCGCUGGCUACAAAUCCGCGAGUGAAUGCUGCGUCACACUGGGAUGUCGCUUCGAGACAAAGUUGCGUCUAUUUCCAAGCGCGGUAUAUGUGCGAUGGAUUUUCCCACGGAUUUGUGGCUCGUGUAGUGAAUGCUAGGUUUUAGGUUAGUGAAUGGGAAGGCACUGGCAGCAGGCGUGUGUCGACGUCCCUCGACACGCGCCUGCGGCCCGCCGCUCCGAAUGAUAUAUUCCCAGUCGCCAUCUUGGAGUAACCACUGGGAUAUUAGCUUGUGAGUGUGAACGAUCGCCGCACGUCGCUAUGGCGAUCACUAUUCAUAGUUCUAGAGACUUAUUUAAAUAGACGAACCGAAAUUACCUAAGUUGUAAUUAUCUCACAAAGUAAAUUAUCGAAUUUCCGGUACUAUAAGUAAUAAAAUAAUGUUUUUUUACAA